AAAACUUUAGCCCGUACCGGCCGUCAGGUUAGCUGCAGUUUGCUGUGGAAAGCGGACGAGAGAGGAAGUGCACCGUGUGUCUGAAUCCUCAUGUCAUCAGUGUGUGUGUGUGUUCAGAAACAUGUGAGUAAAAAGUGUGUGUGUGUGUGUGUGUUUUUAUUUUUCGGCGGUGUAAAUACAUUCGGGUCCCAGCCGUUAGCAUAAAGUCCGCUAGCCUCAUGCUAACACCUGCAAAAUAAACAAUACAUCAGUGUCUGUUCCUGCCGUGGUGUAAACACAGACUGAAGGUGGCAGGUGAAGAUGGCGCAGCAGCAGCAGCAGCGAGGGAUUCAGAGGGACAAGUUCCGCUGCUCCAUCUGUCUGGAUCUGCUCAAGGAUCCGGUGGCGAUCCCCUGCGGCCACAGCUACUGCAUGGGCUGCAUUAAAGACUACUGGGAUGAAGGGGAGGAACAGGAGAGCCACAGCUGCCCCCAGUGCCGACAGACCUUCUCACCGAGGCCCAUGCUGGUGAAGAACACCAUGCUGGCAGAGUUGGUGGAGGAACUGAGGAAGACGGAGCUGCAAGCCGCCGCUCCCGAUGAUCUGUGCCACGCCGGACCCGGAGACGUGGCCUGCGACGUCUGCUCCGACACGAAGCUGAAAGCCCUCAAGUCCUGCCUGGUGUGUCUGGCCUCCUACUGCGAGCACCACCUCCAGCCUCACUACGACGCGGCUCCGCUGAAGAAGCACAAGCUGGUGGAAGCCACCGUGCAGCUUCGGGAGAACGUCUGCUCUCGUCACGACGAGGUGAUGAAGAUCUUCUGCCGCACCGACCAGCAGUGCAUCUGCUAUCUCUGCUCCAUGGACGAACACAAAGGCCACGACACGGUCUCGGCCGCAGCAGAGUGGGCCGAGAGGAAGAAGGAGCUCGGGGUGACUCGGCAGAAAAUCCAGCAGAGAAUCCAUGACAGAGAGAGAGACGUGAAGGUGCUCCAGCAGGAGGUGGAGGCCAUCAAUCUCUCUGCUGACAAAGCGGUGGAGGACAGCGAGCAGAUCUUCGCAGAGGUGAUCAGUUUCAUCGAGAAAAAAGGCUCCGAUGUGAAGCAGCAGAUCAGAUCGCAGCAGGAGGCCGAAGUGAGUCGGGCUGAAAAACUUCAGGAGGAGCUGGAGAAGGAGAUCGCUGAGCUGAGGAGGAAAGACGGCGAGCUGGAGCAGCUCUCGCACACAGAGGAGCGCAGCCAAUUUCUGCACAGAUACCCCUCGCUGUCGUGCAUCAGGGAGCCUGCAGAUUCAGCCAGCCUCAAUAUCCGACCUCUGACCUACUUUGAGGUUGUGACCGCGGCCGUGUCUGAAGUGAGAGAUAAAUUACAGGUCGUUUUCAGCGAGGAAGGGUCCAAGAUCCUGCUCACGGUGACCGAAGUGGAUGUUUUACUGCCGCAGCCAGAGCCUACGACCCGAGGGAAAUUCUUAAAAUAUUCAUGUCAAGUCACACUGGAUUCUGACACAGCAAACAUAUAUCUGCUAUUAUCUAAGGAAGACAGAAAAGCACAAUCAAUGAAAAACGAACAGUUGUUGUGUAGUUAUUACGAUCGAUUCAGUGAAAGCCGGCAGGUGCUGAGCAGAGAGGGUCUGAACGGACGUUGUUACUGGGAGGUGAAGUGGAAAGGGCGAGAAGUAACCGUAGCAGCGGCGUAUGAAGAUAUUAGCAGAUCAGGCGAUGACAGUGAAUUCGGAUACAACGACAAGUCCUGGGCUCUGAAUUGUUCCAGCGCCGGUUACACAUUCAGGCAUAACAAUGAGGAGACGUCCCUCCUGGGCCGCGUGUCCUCCAGAGUCGGGGUGUACCUGGACCACAGAGCGGGCGUCCUGUCUUUCUACAGCGUCUCAGAAUACAUGACUCUGCUCCACCGAGUCCACACCAUAUUCACCCAGCCGCUCCAUCCUGGACUGGGAUUUUCCUCUGAGGGAGCCGCUGCUGAGCUGUGUGAGCUCUAAUACACAGAUGUGGCCCCGCAAGGUGUUUUCCAGGGAGAGAAGGGGGAAAAAAAACAAACAAACAUAUUUUUAAAGACCCCAUGAAAUGGACUCUUCACUGUCUUGAUUUGAUUUAUUUCCUGUUGAAACAGGGAGUUUGGUCGGGACACGGUGCAGCGAAAGGAUCAUGCACAAGUGCCAGCCAACAGGAUCUCAGUUUGGGAGAGAAAUACGGUUUUAUUUUGAAGGGGUGAGGUGGAUGAGAGAGGAUGUUUGAAGAUUUGUGAAAAGUGUUACUGGAUGAAGUGAAAUGUGAAUUUACAGCCACUAGAGCAGGAUGAUGUCUCUGUUUUAAAGGAAGUAGAGGUCACGUGAGGUCAUUUCAUGGGGACUUAAAAUCCAAAUAUCAUUUUUGAAAACUAACAAACAACUAUGUGUAAUGAGCAAAAUAAGACAGCUCUAUGAUAAACUGAUAAAUCAAUGACUCACGAUAAAUUAUGAUAAAUUACGCAGAAUCAACAAUGCAAAUACUUUGUUUUGGGAAGGAAAUGCUAAACCUGUCUGCUGUCUAUUUGCUGCAUUUCUAUUUUCUGCUUCAUGUAAUUCUGCAUUAUGUGUUAUUUCCGAGAGCCGACAUGCAGUUUCUCAUUACUUGGGAUUGGCUAACAAAUUGAUCGAUUUGAAGUAAUAAUAAACCAGAAAGCAGCCUGAAAUAUCCAUAUCGACUUGACUGUGUUGUUGAAAGAGAUGGGUUGAAUUUUCUGAAGCGUCAAAGGGUUAACUGAGCUUUCAAACAAAUAAAUCGAUAAACUGAUGGGGCUGUGGGGCCCCUGUGUAGAGGAAAGGGCCCUUUAUGCCUGAUCUGCAUGACGGCUCUGCUCUGUUUUCGUCUUUAAACCUUUCACGCUCAGAACUCCUCACCGCCGUGUUUCCGCACCUCACCGAAUGUAGCUUUAACAUCUCGGGACAUGUGCUCUUAUUUUGAAAAAUGAUAGUGGCACAAAACACAUGUGUUGUGAUGUUGCUUUAACAUGUUUGAAGACCAAAAUUCUUGGCAACUUGAACCAGAAACUCUGUUCAUUUGCAGCAAAGCCAGAAAAAAAUGAAUGAAUUGAAUGUGCCUGAAGCCCUGAGAUGCCACCGCCUACACACACACACACACACACACACACACAAUGUCUGACUGACACAUGAAGACUGCAUUAAUAUUGAGUGAUUUAUCUAUGUCUUAUCUUUGCUGCGUAUUUGUAUUGUUGCUGUAUUAUUUCAUGGUGUUUCUCUUUCACUGAAUGGGAAUUAAUGGAGCCAAUAUGUUUAUAGGCUCACUGAUUAUAUGUGAAUAUGUUUAUCUUGUUCUCAAUAUUUAAUGAUUGGUUCAUAAUGCCUCUCUGUGAUCCAUAAUGUUAAUGACUUGUGAUGAUGGCUGAUGAAUACUUUUUGAUAAUCUGUGAUUCUGUGAUUUAUUUCCUAUGUUUAUUGUGAUUUAUUAUAUGAUCUUGUGUGUCUGCAGCCUUGUUAUGGGUGUUGCUGCCUGCUUUGGCCAGGAGACUACUGUAAAAGAGAUUUUUAAUCUCAACGAGCCUUUCCUGGUUAAAUAAAUAAAACAUUUUCAUUGUGAUCAUGUAAUUAUUAUUGUUAUAAUCAAUCAAUAGGGAGAGUGAUCAUGUUUUUCCUCCACAGUGAUGAUAUAUGUGGGUUUAACUGAUUGUUUGGGUGAAACUGAACCAAAAUGUGCCAACAGAGUGAUUGUUUUAUAAGCUGAAUAAAGUUUUCUUCCAAGAAU